AUGUUACGCCCAAGCUGCAUUGCCUCUUGUCUCGCUGCUCUGGCGGCAGCACAUGGCGACCAUAGUCAAAAGGUCGUGGCAGGCCCUCAUCAAGGCUUGUGGUACAAUCACUUGCCCGGGGAUGGAGGCACUCAGGCUGAUUCUGUCUUCUCCGGCAUCUCGACCUUUGGCCGUCUACCGUACCUACCAUGUCUUGCCAGCAAAGAUAUCAACUACGAUAUUGCCUUUAUUGGCGCCCCAUUUGACACCGGCACUUCAUAUAGACCCGGCGCUCGCUUCGGUCCAUCAGGAAUCCGUCAAGGAUCUCGUCGUUUGAACCUAUACGGCGGCUACAACGUCCCGCUAGCCACCAACCCCUUCAACAGCUGGGCCACCGUGAUCGACUGCGGCGACAUCCCCGUGACCUCGUACGACAACACCUUUGCGCUCUCGCAGAUCGAGCAAGGUCACCACUCCAUCCUCUCCCGCGCCCCCGCCACCGACGCCCACAAGCCCGGCCCUUCCCUCCACGGCGAGACCCUCCCCCGCGUCAUCACCCUCGGAGGCGACCACACCAUCACCCUCCCGCUUCUGCGGAGCAUCAAUCGCGCCUACGGCCCCGUGUCCGUCAUCCACUUCGACAGCCACCUCGACACGUGGCGGCCCAAAGUCUUUGGCGGGUCCCCCUCGGAGGUCGCGUCCGUCAACCACGGGACGUAUUUCUGGCAUGCCGCGCAGGAGGGACUGCUGAGGAACGAUAGUAAUAUCCAUGCGGGGAUACGCACGACGCUGAGUGGCCCGUCGGAUUACGAGAAUGAUGGGUAUUGCGGGUUUGAGAUUGUCGAGGCUAGGGAGAUUGAUACCAUUGGGACGGAAGGGAUUAUUAAGAAGAUUCGGGAGAGGGUGGGUACCGAACGGCCGGUUUAUUUGAGUUUGGAUAUUGAUACUUUAGAUCCUGCUUUUGCCCCAGCCACCGGCACCCCCGAGACAGGCGGAUGGUCUACCAGAGAGCUUAGGACCAUUCUAAGAGGGUUGGAAGGAAUCAAUAUCAUUGCUGCUGAUAUUGUUGAGGUUGCGCCUGCCUAUGAUACCAACGCUGAGCACACGACCAUGGCGGCUGCCGAUGCCUUGUACGAGAUCAUGAGCAUCAUGGUUAAGCGAGGACCGCUUAGCGUAACCAGUGCGCCGCCGCGCGAUCUCUAG